AUUAAGAAGAAGCCGACGUUUCGAGCAGGCGAGUUCGUCUCCUGCUCGUCUCCGCCAUAUAUAAUUGCGACGUCGACGCAAUCCGCCGGGCCGUUCGGACGUUCCUCUACUCUCCACGUCGCGACAGGAAAGCCCGGUAUCGCGACCAGCCUGCGCGAGCCAAGUUGCCCGUCCUCGUGUCGGGCGCCUGAUGGCCCAGAACAGGCUCUACGUCAUCAUCGUGAUCUUGAUCCUGGCCGGUCUCGUCGGCGGUAUCGUGGUAGCGCUCCUUGCGUACAUGGUGCUUGAGUCGUCACUCAGCUGGCCGACGGAGAAGUUCGAGUACAAGGGCCUGGCCAUCAUCAGCGACGCCCAGGGAUGCGCCAAUGUUGCUCACCGAAUAUUCACAAAAGGCGGCACUAUUGUCGACGCCGCCAUUGCCGCGCUGCUGUGCAUGGGCGUCACCGCUCCGCAUCUGUCGGGAGUCGGCGGUGGAUUCAUGGCCGUCUUGUACAACAAGACGGCAGACAAACUCAUUGCCGUGGACGCCCUCGGUGUCGUACCUGCCGGCAUGCAGAUUAACGAAUUCCAGAAAAACUGGACGCUCACACAAUUAGGUUUACAAGCGGCUAUCAUUCCCGGUGCAGUGGCGGGCUACAAGCUACUUCACGAACGAUUCGGCAAACUGUCUUGGGCCGACCUGUUCACAGAUGCAGUCGCCUUGGCCGACAAGGGCUUUGUCGUCGGGCCCCGAUUGGCUGAAGCCGUGAAGAGGAAUAAAAAGGCUCUGUCUUACGACCCCAAUGGGCGGUCUGCUUUCAUCAACCCCGGGACUGCAGACAUCGUAGUUGGGGGAGCACAGCUUAGGCUGCCGCGCAUCGGAACGGUUCUGCGACGAAUAGCAAAGGAACCAAAGACGUUAUACAGCGGAAGCCUCGGACAAGAGCUGGAUGCCGAGCUUAAGAGAAUUUUUCCAGGCAGCAACAACCACAUAACGCUGAACGACCUCCUGCAUUAUAGGCCGCGUUUCAUAGACGCGCUAAGUGCCGAGCUGGGAGAUAGCAAGGUCCUCCACACGGUUCCUUUCCCAGGCAGCGGAGCCAUUGUGGGAGCCAUACUGGAGAGACAUAAAAUACCGCGAGCGAUACUACAAGGAAAAGGGUUGGCCCCGGUUCCGGUGAUGAGUGAUGUGUCCCUCCAUUUGCUGGUGGAAAACAUCAAGUUCGCCUUGGCCUUCAGAGAAAACCUCGGAGACAAUGGCCCCGCCAUAAGCGACCAGGACAAGCUUCUUUCGAAGAUACAGAAGCAGUUCGACACCCGCGUCUCAUCUCAGCACCCCCUCGGUAGUUAUGAAGAUUACGGAGGCACCUAUGUCCAGGACGAAGACUUCGGCGGAGCGCAUCUUUCCAUCCGAGACGCUGAAGGCAACGCGAUAUCCGUAACUGCGGGCUUGAACCACGACUGUUCGCCUGCGCGGCCGAGUUCCCGCUCCACAGCUGUGUCACGUCCAACGUGGCCGUACGCCCGACACUCGGCAAAGACGGGUACUUGGUCCAGGCUAGUAUCUUGCUCAAGAUGGGCCACAAAGUGGACAAAAAAAGUGUGUUCACCGCGAGCGCCACGGCGAUCGUCACGAGCGCUCGAGACUCGUGGAUCGCGCCCGCCGACAAGAAGCACACCGACGGCGCCAGCGCGGGCGUGCAUUACGUGCACCCCGUCAUCAAGAACGACAGGCGGUGAACUCCGCCCCCCACUCGAUCCGUGGCCGAAGUCGACCGAGAACAAUUAUCGGGGUCUUCGGGGUUCGAGGUGUCGAAUACUUCCGACCGCCGCAUGGCGGAGGGCGUCCACGGCACCGGGAAAAGGCCCGCGGACAGCCGACGACGUAAUUGCGUCAUCGGAGUAGUAGCUUCUCCUGUUGCUUCUUUUUUAUCACUUCCCUUUGCUCGUGACGUUGGCGUAGGAUAUUUAUUGCCUGUUUUCUCAAAGAAAACGUUUUUGUUACUAUAUUUUUGCCCGCCGUAACUAUAUGGCGAGCGAGUGGGCGUAGCUUCUUGGCGGAAAAAUAAACGUAGCUAUUAAAGUGAGCGGGAGGGCGCUGGUCGUGUCGGAUUGUUUAGCCAUGGUGGCAGGUAUUUCCCUGAAUGUAUUCUAUGAAAGCGCCUGAGUAACAUGUGUGGAAUAAAAUAUUGCAAAUCUGCA